AGCUAUAACUAGAGUUAACUAUGAGAUUGCUAUGUGUCACAUUAUUGUGUGUAUCAAUACAUCCUGAGAUCAUGCACAGGGCAGGGAAUGAAUCCUCUGAGAUCUUUGAGAUAGCCGAUGAAGAAAUAAUGCUUAGGAAAAAGUUCUCACCUUGGAGAAAACGCUCGAGCAUAGCUGAGCAAAAAUGUACAAAGACAAGUGAGGGAGGUGUUCGGUAUCACAAACUGACGUUGAAGGAAUUCUUCUCUACGAUCGAAGAAGCAGUGGCUUGCAUCAGGUAUUCAACGUUUGAGAGGGACAUUGUUUGCAAAAGAUGGCCACCCAAUAACACCCUCAACGCUAUAAUGCUAGUGAUGAUGCAAACUUCAUAUGGAAUUGAAAAUUCUUGUUCCGAUGUUGAUACGUAUGAAUCUGCCAAGUGGAUUAUAUCUACUGAUUCCCUGAACAGCUUAAGUGACACUGGAAUAUUGUUUGAAAAUGUUCUUUUGGAUGCGGAUAUAACCAUAAUACUUGAAAAGUAUCACACAGAUAGUUUUACUAGUUUCUUUACAAACAGUGGAUGUCUACACGUUUACUUAUAUUUGGAGACUUCCCGAUUAAGUUUGUACAAAAACACAACAAUAGAAUCUGUCUGCGAAAUUGAAGAUUAUGUCUAUGUCCUAUUGAAUGAUAGAAAUUGCUCUGCAAAUAUUCAAUUCGAGUCAAAAUGUUCAAUGUCGUGCUUAACAUUGCUUUCUUUGACACUUGGGAAAUACAUUGAGGAAGAGGGAUAUUAUUUGAAAACAUUGUACGGAUUUUGGGUCAUACCUCUUGAGAAAAAUUGCUCAAAUAUCACAUUGAUGUCAACGGAUCUCUUCGAUAUAGUUUGGUUUAGCGACAAUUCUUCCAGUUUUCUCUGGUUUGAGUUUCUCUUGAAUUCAAUGUCUUGUGAAUAUGCUAUACGAACCAUUCUAACUUUGGAUGCCUGCGUUAACAAUACCGAAUUGACCUUUUCAUCACAUAUAUUGUUCCCAGAGAGAACGUAUUUUGCAACUGUUUAUUCCUGUGGAAUGUUAAAAACAGAAGGGAAUGAGUCCUAUAUGUACUUGUGUCCAGUUUUCCUAUUAAUGAACGAUAGUUCUGAAACCAUCAGCCAAUACUGUGUUUCUGAAAAUAAAUUCUUUUAUCGAUCUAGGAUGACGAUCGCAUGUCCAGCGACCAUCAGCUUCGGUGAAAUUAUUUUUCUCCAUAAUUGUUCAAGUAAUAUUACAAUGACGUCAAAUAUCAAAUAUAAUUCAUCCAUAUCCAAAGGAGCAUCAAAGGAUUGUUCAUUUUGGUACAAUAUUCACCAUAAAUACAUGAUUAUAUCAGAUUAUUUAAACAGAGAUGAAGGGCUUCAAUUAGUUUACCAAAUACUAAAGACUCCCUCAUGCAACUCUAUGAUUAGCGUAGAGGUAUUACAUAUGGAUUGUAUUAAAAGUAUCAGAGAUGAUGAAAGAUGCAUUGAUUUUUUUGUCCUUGUAGUCAGUAAUUAUUCGUCAUUCGAAGACAUUAUUUUCUGUGGAAAGCUUUCAAUCAAUAAUACAUUGGAUUUUACAGUAACCUUGAUGAUUCAAAAUGUUCAUAUAAAUGAAAGUUGGCAUAUCCAUUCGGAAAAACGUAGUGAUACAGACUGGACUGGAUUUUCUGAUUUUUUAAGUGGAUUAAGUGAAAAUGGCAAAUGUUUUAAAACUACUUCAAAAGUAAAUUACUUUGAUAAGUUGACGACCUUCCAAAACACUUGUAUAAUUAAAAACAAAUUAAACAGUUAUUUCAAUGUCUUUCAAGAGAAUGAAAGUUUGCGUCAAUCUUGCAAGUUUAAUAAGUUCGUGAAUAAAGCAAACAACCUAGCAUUCAAACCAGGAGAACAUUUCUGUGUUGAUAUUACAACAAAGAAAAGAUAA